AUGUCUGUUGGUAGAUCAGACAGUAGCUGGUGUGUCUCAGCUCUUUUUAUUUAACAUUUUUGAACAGAAGUCACCAAUAUCAAGGCCAAAGAGCAGCCCAUCCUCAUGAUUGUCUGUAUUGUCCUCGGAGCGCUUCUCUUCCUGAUAACAGUCCUGCUGGUUGGUCAGCUUCAAAGAAACCGGACGCUAAAGAAAGGAAUGGCCAUGGAUGAACUUCUUCCCAUCAAUAAUGCAGUCUAUGAGGAAAUUGAGUACAAACUGGCCAGACAGGGAACUUAUGGAGCACCAAGGAAAGGGAGCUUUCUGUCUGAUGAACUACCAUAUGACUACGAGGACAUUGAGGACGAUGACCAAGACCAAGAUGUUCUAGGUAGGAAACUGGCUUCUUUGGAGGCGGAUGGCCCUGGCUACUAUGAUGAUACUGCAAUAGAAAAACAGAAGACCUGUCAGAAAACAUCCCUCAUGAUGAGCUGCUUUACAACUAUGACGAUGUUGAGGAACCCUUAAAAUACUCCACAAUCGAUUCUCGUGGUGCCGUGGAGUACCCAUUACCUCCUGAAUAUGAUGAUAUCGAGGAUGAGGCUCUCGGAGGAGAAUCACCCUAAAUCCUAUGCUGUGGUCAAAGACACCUUUAACAGUGUGAUGAACAUGUCUAAAUCUUUACUGUAAUAAUGAAUAU